AUGUUAAAAGUUGGUAUCGAUGGUUGUCAGAAUCAAGUUAACGGUAACUGGGAUGAAAAUAAAUCAAUUUUUUUACUUUCUUUUGUCAGUACAUCCCGCUCACAAGCUCAAGAUGUCGACAAACCUUCCCGCGAAAAAACAAGAAGGAGAUAAACCGGCGUAAGUACGAAGUUAAAAUUCGUACUGAAUGAAGUUAGCUGAUAUUCUGUGGAAAUACGUUUGCCCUGAGCUGCACUGAUUAAACUAUAGCUAGGUAAAACCCCAAUAAUCUGCUCAUGUGUUAAUAAAUCAAUUCGAUGCUUGGUGUUACCUUAAAUUUGUUAAAUAAAUAAGCUUAUGUACAAACUUGCGACUUUUAGCGUGUAGGUCUAGCAGAAUGUUCGUAUUUCAUAUUUUUCUCCAUUUUAAAAAUUUUAAUUUCCUUUGAUAGCAGCGAUUUACCUCAGCGAUGAAAGCUUUGUGUGUGUAUGCUUUUAAGCAACACUUUCUUGCAUCUUCGUAUAAGCUUAUGUUUAAAAUUAGGCUAGCCGACAAAUAGCAAGAAGGUAAUCCUGGCAAACCAGUAUGUACAUAAAUAAAUUUGUUAUAGAAAUACACACACACACUUGUAUAUAUUAUAUAAAUAGUUACACAUAUAUACGUAUUAUAGUAGUUAUUUCCUAAAUAUUUAUAAAAGAAAAAGAAGAAGAAAUGAAGCAACUGAAACAAAAGAACAGUUAUGUCAAUAGAGAAGCUACAGAAAAACAAACUUAGCUUAUCUUAAUUCUUCAUUUCAUUAAAUAGUGUAUCUACCUCUAGACAGCUAGGAGUCUUCAGGUUCUAAAAUAUUUUUUUUCCAUGAUUGUGGUAAUACAACCCUUUUUAAUAAUUUUUUGUUGAAUUGCUUGUUUCAAUAUUUAUCUGCAGUGAAAAGAUGAUGUUUUGGACUGACAGACACGAUGUAAUUCUCUGUCGAGAAAUUUUGAUACACAAUCCCUUUCAGUACAAGAAGAGCUCAAUUCAAAGAGGACAGCUUUGGAAUGACAUCGCUGAACGACUUGUUGCAGUUGAUGAAGUAAGAUUCAAGUCAGAUUUAGACAGAAGGGGUGUUCGUGAUCGAUACAACCUGUUAGCAAAUAAGCUGAGAAGAAAGCUAAAAGAUGAAAGGAAAGCUUCCAGAAUUGAAACUGAUAUGUCAGAGGUGGAAGUUGCUCUGGAAGAUUUGAUCGAGAGGGAAGAUGAAUCGGAUAAACAGCACAAGGAGAAUCAAGAUCAAAACCUAAAGAGGAAAGAAGAUCGACAACAGGCUGAAGAUAUUCGCACAAAGUCAUUGGAGAGACUGGGGGAAACUCAGAAACGAAAAGGGCAAGACAGCAACCUUCAGACCAAAGCUAAGAAGAAGAGGGCAACUGGAGGAGAUGCAGUAGUGUUCUUAAGAGAAAGAACUGAGGCAAUGGUUGCUGCUCGUAAGGAGGAGGUCAAUAUGAAAGUAAAACAACAAGAGGCUGAGAGCAAACGACACCAGGAUUUUCUCGAAUUGAUGAGGCAACAACAACAGCAACAGCAGCAGCAAAUGCAUAACAUGCAAGCUAUGCUUCUCCAACAACAGCAGCAGCAAACUCAGUUGAUUAUGGCUCUCGUUUCUAAGUUAGACCAUAAAUAA